AUGGGUACUACGGUAGCAUCUGGUAUAAAAAAUCCAAUGAAAGUCUAUGUUGAUGAUGAUAUUAGUGGACCAACUGUUUAUGUUUCACUGCGAUUUUUGAAUCGUGUUGAAAAAUGGAAUAAUGGAGCAACACAAGGUAUUCAAGUCAGUUGUGAAUGUCAAUUAUGUUCUGGUGUAUCAGUUGACAAAGAGAAAAAUGUUUAUAUGUCACAAUCAGAUAGACAUCGUUUUGUUCAAUGGUCACCUCGAACAAGUACGACAACUGUUGUCGCUGGAAAGACAGAUACUAAUAGAUCAACAAGUGAUCUACUUAAUCAUCCUCAAGAAAUUUAUGUUACUAGAGAUGGAAGAACUACAGUAGCUGGAUCAAGUCAAGGAACUGAAGGACAUGAUCCUGAAACUUUAGAUUAUCCCAAUGAUGUUAUUGUUGAUGAUGAAACUAAUAUUGUUUAUGUUAUUGAUACAUCGAAUCAUCGAGUGCAACGAUGGAAACCAUUUGAAUCCGAAGGUGAUACAAUAGCUAGUGAUGGAGGUGCCGGUAAUGCAACAAAUCAAUUACAUAAACCAGUUGAUUUAGCAUUUGAUAUGAAAGGAAAUCUUUAUGUCAUGGAUAUGGAAAAUAACCGUGUGGAAAUUGACAAUGUCGAUGAACAAAAUUAUUAUAGCAUAACAGCAUUUAUAUUAACUGUUGUACACUUUUAUAUGGAGAUUAUUCGUUUUUUACUUGAACAAGCCGAUACAAAUGUACGUAUUUAUAAUCAAUAUUAUUUAACAACAUUCGAUUUUGUUAAAUAUAAUAUUUUGUCUAUUAUUGAUAUUACACGUUUAUGA